GAGCAAAAGAUGGCUUCAGAGAUCAAGGUUGAAAUCAUCCACAAGGAAACAAUUAAGCCAUCCUCUCCAACUCCUCACCAUCUUGCAAAAUACAAGCUCUCUAUUUUUGAUCAGAUAACUCCUGAAAUUUAUGUCCCACUACUUCUCUUCUAUCCCAGCAACAAUAGUGAUGAUGAGGCUGAUCACCAUUCUUUGUUUUCUGAAAGAUCACACCUUCUAAAAACAUCAUUAUCUGAAGCCCUCAGUCACUUCUAUGUCUUUGCAGGGGAAUUUGAAUAUAAUGUCUCAAUCAGCUGCAAUGACCAUGGGGCUGGAUUUAUUGAAUCCCAAGUCUGCUGUCCCAUAUCGAAGGUUUUGGACAAACCCGAUUUCAGGAUCCUGAAACAGUUGAUUCCAACUCCAACAGAAUCCAAACAAGCUGAGGCUGGCCAUCUUCUUCUAGUCCAAGUCAACUUGUUUGAAUGUGGCGGAAUGACAAUUGGGGUCAGCAUUUCACAUAAGGUCGCCGAUGCCUCUACACUGAGCACAUUCAUCAAAAGCUGGGCUGCAAUUGCCCUUGGCUCAGCCAGUACUACUGAUCAUGUUCUGCUUCCUACAGAGUUCGGUGUUGCAUCUAGUCUCUUCCCACCACAAGAUUUUUUCAACUCACCCCAACCAACUGUGGAAUUCGCUAUAGAAAAUUGUGUAACAAAGAGAUUUGUGUUGGAUGCCUCAAAGAUUGCUGCUCUCAAGUCCAAAGCUACCAGUGACACCGUGCCAAAUCCCACGCGAGUUGAAGCAGUGUCGGCACUCAUUUGGAAAAGCGCAAUGCAAGCAUCAAGAUCAAACUUGGGUUAUAUAAAACCAUCAGUGUGGUCUCAAGUGUUGAACAUGAGGACAAGAUCAGGACUGUCCUUGACAGAAAACAUGUUGGGGAAUUUUGUGUGGUACUUCGCUGCAACGACCAUAGAGAGUGAAUUAGACUUUAAAAGCUUGGUUGCUAAGUUAAGGAAAGGCAUUGAGGAAUAUAAAGAAAAGUAUCCCAAUGGAGUUACUGGGGAUGAUGCAUUUCAAUUCAUCAAAGAGUCUGGGAACCUCUUGCUGGAGGAUCAUGUAGAAACUUACAGUUGCAGCAGUUGGUGCAGGUUUCCUUUCUACGAAGUCAAUUUUGGUUGGGGAAAGCCGUCAUGGGUGAGUAUCCAAGGUUUCAAAUUCAAGAACACAAUUAUGUUAAUGGACAUGAGUGAUGGCGUAGGCAUAGAAGUGUACUUGACUUUCAAAGAAGAAGACAUGGCCCUAAUUGAAAGCAAUGAGGACCUGCUUGCCUAUGCUUCUCUGGUUUAAUUAGUCUCUCCUCUUGUGCUUCUUAGAUGAAUGCUAUUGCGGGUCUCUGACGAUAAUCACUUGUAAUAGUUUGUAUGCUUGUAUUGUUUGUGCUUUCAUUGCAUUUUCCCCUUUCAAUUAUGUACUACAAAAAAUAUGAAUAUUGAGAUUUGUUUCACCCCCUUGAGCGUGAAUUAAUAAUAACAUACCGAACUCGUUAACCAAA